CCAAGUGCUCACACGACCCACAUGCCCCGCUCAGCACCUCACUGCCUCAGGCCCUCAGCCUCUCCCACAGUCCCACUCCCAAGUCCCUGGCUCCCAGACCAACCCGAUAGGCGAUAGCCCCAACCCCAAUUCAAUUCGAGCCCUAGAAUCACAGAUUCACAAGCCUCUGAAUCUGAUCAGCCAGACAACCAGUAGCUGGAGCCUGGAGUUUAUUGCCAGAGAGUGCCACAGCCGCUGCCCUAUUCGAUUCUUCACCGUGACAAUUGACGAGCCGCGGCCCGUGAGCAUCUCUGUUCAAACUUCAAAGAGCCAGCACGACGAGACGAGAGAGUGAGAUAUGGAGACCCUUCGGCCUUCUAUUCUUCUUCUGGCCUUCAUGAGUUCAUCGUGAACCCCUUGGGCUUCGAACCAGCAGGGCUGCAGGAGCUUUUGCUACACAAACACAGCUAUAGAAUACCCUUCCACUUGCAGAUUUAUUCAUAAAAGCUUUGGGGUUUCUCAGCUUGAGGGGGAGUCUUGCUGGUUAUUUUUGGUCAUUUAGCAUGUGAUACUGCUACGUUAGUAGGAUAUUGUGGUCAUUGUUAUGUACUUGAUAUAUAUCAUAAAUAGAGCCUAGCGGGUAAGACCUAACAUUAUGAUUAGAUCAUCUGAGGAAAGGAAGGGAGGAAAGUGAAAAAUGAAUUCAGAUUAUAGAAUUUUUUUUUCAUAAAUUAUUUGCUACCCAGGAAAGAAAAAUCAUCCACUCUAGGCUAUUGUAGGUCUAGUUAUCUUUGGGUGUAUUUGUUUGACAAGAUUGGACUAGUGUAUAGAUUGGAUUAGCCAAGCUACAUGUUUUGCCUUUAUUUUAAGAGAAGCUGUGGUUGAUUUUUAUUUUUAUGAAGAACUAGAUGAUUGUAAAUUUUUUUCUCUCUUAAAAUAUAUUUCAGGAUUCUUAAAGUUGAAAAUAUGAAAGAAAAAAGUUGAUAAUGUGAAGAUUAAAAUGAAAAUAUUUAAUCCUAUUUCUUAAUUUUUGCAAUGCAUUACAAGGAUUCAGGAAAAAAAAUGUCUCAAUCGAUAGCGAAUCCAAUUGAUCAAAAUGAUGAAAUGGGUGAAGAAGAAGUUCAACUGCCAGAUUCAUCAAACAUAGAACUCACAAAUGAAACAACUCCACAGGUAAAAAGAGCUAGGGAAAAAACAUCUAGUAUUUGGACAGAUUUUGAGUUGAUUGAAAGUGGAGAUAAACAAUAUGUCCAAUGUAAGUAUUGUCCUAAGAAAUAUCUCUACCAUAGUAAGAACUCUGAGACAUCAAACUUACAUUGUCAUAAAAAAAAAUUCAUGGGAAAGAAAAAUAAUGAUCUGAAACAAAUGCUAUUGAGUCAAGGUGAUGGAAAGUUGUCUUUGCAUACACGAAAACUUGAUCAAGCUGUAUGACGUAGGAAGUUGGCAAUGGCAAUUGUGAGACACAAUUAGCCCUCUUCUUUUGUUGAGUAUGAAGGAAUUCAUGAAUGGGCUUUAGAAUUAAAUCCAUAGACAAAAUUUGUGACAAGAAAUACUGCAAAAGCUGAUGUUAUGAGGGUUUUUUUCAAGGAAAAAGAGCAUAUUCGUGAACUUUUGUUGAAUAAUUCGAGUAGAAUUUCUCUUACUUCGGACUUAUAGACUUCAUUAAAUACUGAUGGCUAUUUAUGUCUAACUGCACAUUUUGUGGAUAAAAAUUGGAAGCUUCAGAAGAAAGUGUUGAGUUUUUCAAGCAUGCCUCCUCCACACACUGGUCUAGCACUUAGUAACAAAGUCAUCGACUUAUUGGUGAAUUGGGGUAUAGACAAGAAGCUAUUUUCCAUAACAUUAGACAAUGCAACAUUGGGUGAUGAUGUUUUUUUAAGGAAUGUAGCUAGUCAAAUGCAAGGCAAAUUUGACAAAUAUUGGUCAGAUUAUAGUAAAAUUUUGGCAAUGGCUGUUAUUUUGGAUCCUUGUUUUAAGAUACAAUUUGUAUUCCCUUCGGCUUCUAAGAAAAUGCCUUCCUUUGAAGCAACUACUAGUCAUGAUCGUGGUCAUAUGACACUUAUUGCAACAUCAGUUGAUGUGACACUAAAAGGUUUUAAAGCUUUUGCUAAGGAAGAUGAAGAAGCUCCAAUGUCAGAACUAGAAAUGUUUUUUAAAAAGCGGAUGGUAGAUUGUGAUAAAGAAUUGGAUAUUUUGGACUUUUGGAGGAGUCAUGAAUAUAGGUAUCCGAUUCUUUCUCGAAUGGCAAGAGAUAUCUUACCAAUUCCAAUAUCAACUGUUGCAUCGGAAUCAGCAUUUAGUAUUGGAGGAAAAGUGAUAAAUAUGUCACGUAGUUCUAUUACGCCUAAUAAUGUUGAAACUAUCAUUUUAACUCGUGAUUGACUGUAUAGUCGAGGAGGUGUGCUUAUUUAAUUAUAUUUCUAUGUUAUUAUAAUUACUAUGUAUUCUGCAAUAUUUAUUUAUUCUUCUAUCUUUUGAAUUUUGAAUGCAGUUGAAGAUUUUGUAGAUAAGGAAGAACUUGCUGAAGAUAUUGCUCAAGUUGAAAUAGCAAGUCGUACCUCAUCUAGUGUAUCAUCUUGCUCUGUUUGACUUUAUUUGAAUAUUACUACACUAGCGCAGGCUGCAUUACUACACUAGCACAGGCUGCGCAGCUAGUGCUUCUAUUUAUCUUUAAAAAUUAUGUAGUCAAUAAAUUAUUGUUUAUUUGUUGUUUUAACUUGUAGUGUUGAAUAAAUUAUUUGUAAAUUUUUUUUUUUCAGUUUGAUAACUUGUAACUUUUGAGAUGUUAAUUAAUAAGUUCAAUUUAUGUUA